AUGGAUUUUAAGGGAGAGAGAUGUGUGAACCAAAUAGAGAAGUUGAAGAAAGAGGCAACCAUUAUGCUUGAAAAGGCUACGACACCAUUAACGCAGCUUGAGCUGAUAAAUGCAAUUCCAAGGCUAGGAAUGAAGUAUCUCUUUGAGAAGGAGAUCAAGAGAUUGCUAGUAAACAUAUACCACAACAAACCGAACCCCGAUGGGCUGGGAUAUAACUUACAUGCUAGUGCUCUCAGAUUUAUGCUCCUCAGGCAGUAUGGUUUUAGGGUCUCUCAAGAUGUAUUUACCGUCUACAGGGACAAAAAUGGGUUUAUGGAACACCUGAGUGAGGACGUUCAGGGAAUGUUGAGCUUAUAUGAAGCUGCACAUUUUCUUUUCGAAGGCGAAAGUAUACUAGAGCAGGCCAUAAUAUUUACAAAAAGACAUCUUGUUGAAAGGACUUACAACAAUAUAGAACUUCAGAAUCAAGUGAACCGCUCCCUGGAGAUCCCAUUGCAUUGGGGGAUGGAGAGAUCAGAGGCUAGGUGGUACAUCAAUGAAUAUAAAGAUGGACAAGAUGUGAACCAUGUUUUUCUUGAAUUGGCUAAAUUAGUUUUCAAUAUGUAUCAAGCCAUACACCAGGAAGAUCUUCGAGAUUUGUCGAGGUAUUAUAGACAUAUAUAA